GUCACGUCGCUGCUGUCCGGGGUGCGGCAGAGCGCGGACAGCUUCGCGGCGUACGCGGAGCAGACGUACCGGGGCCAGACGGGUGGCAUACACGACGAGGUGCCCUGCGCGCUGCAGUGGGCGCAGAACUCCACGGCCGUGUUCCUCGGGGUGAAGUACGCGGCCCGGUGGUCAGCGCCCGGCGCCAUCGAGGUGGUCGACGUGACCGUGAAUUCUUCCGACUGCUGCUUCCAUCUUGGUGGGUACGGCCACCACUCGAGCAUACGGAAGCAUUACCUCGUGAACCUCACGCUGUUCGCUGACGUUGACGCGCAGAUGACCAGCUGGUCCUCCGGCUCCGUCGGCCGCAUGACCGCCACGCUGCACAAGCGGCGGGCCGGCAGGCGCGCCCCGGCGGGGCCGCCCUCUGCGCAGGGAGGCGAGGGGCGCCAUCCGUCCUCGGCCGCCGGGCACGGCAGGCUCGCCGCCCUCGCUGGCAGCCCCGGGCACGAAGCUCGGGCAGUGGAGGAGGAAGCCGGUACCGUGUAA